AUGGAACAACAGGAAGUACCGCAGCAAGAGACCGAGGGUACUCCGACUGAUCCGGCAGUUCCGGCGGAAGGAACUGAAGUUGACGCUAUUGGCGAGCAACAAAUAUGUGAAAGUGAAGUAAAUGGACAAGAUUUAGGAGAACCGGAAGUGAAAGAAAAUACUCCCGAGGGAGAGGCUCCAUUAGCGGAGCAAGAACGUGACAGUGGUCUCCAUGUUCCUCCGCCGUCACCAAUUAAUGGCGAAAGUGAGGAAGAUUCUAAAAUUCUAAUGCAAGAUGAUCAUGAUCCUGAAUUAAUGAGACUUGAGGAUGCGCCUACACCUGAAAAAGAAGACAUUAAAGAAAAACCACCAAAAGAACCGAAACCUCCAAAGGAGCCGAAACCACCAAAGGAGCCGAAACCUCCAAAGGAACCAAAGCCACCUAAAGAACCUAAACAGCCGCGUAAGAUUCAUUUCAACUGGAAUAUUCAGCCAAUGUUCAA